UACCACAAAUUCAUAGCAAGCUUUGCCUUACAACUUUUCUCAUUCGGACACAGCAAGUUGUAACGAUCGCGUCUCGAACUUUUAUCACAUCGCAAAAAUGGAGAGAAAAACUGAUAAAGGAACCGAUGUCGUGUUCAAAUUCUUAAAAAAACUGGGAUACAAUUUGUGUGUUUCACUUCACGCCAUUGUACUUUUUAUCCUGUUUCCCAUCUUCCUCCUCCUAUUCCUGCCAAUGUGGCUAACACGGCAAAGUGUGAAGUUAUUGGCAAAAGUAAUCCGUCCAGAUUUAUGUGAGAUGGUAACAUGUGGAACGAGUACAUGUGCCAACGCCAACGGAACCGAGGACAAUCCGAGGAUGGUAACUCUUGUGGAAUUAUUGUUUAGAGACCAACUCGACUUUGAACAAGUCGUGAGGGAGUUUAAUUCUCGAGCCGUGGAGAAAGUGGACAACGAGGGGUCGAUGGUGUACCCCAAACUCAAGCAGCGUUUGACCUCAUGGCUUGGCAUCUGGUUUUGGACCAAGGACGACACGUUCGACAUAAAAAAACAUAUCACUUGCUCCACGCUGAACAAAGAUUUUGUGACGGAGCAAGAUUUACGUCUUGUGGAAGAGCAAUUGUUGAGCAAACCCUUCACAAAGAGGGCAAGUCCGUGGGAAAUGCUCGUCGUUCCAAACACUCGCCUUUCACCCGAUUCAUCUCACCGUCAUCACUCCUGCCCCGAUUUUUCACCAGCCUUCUUAACAACAACGAUAAUUUUUCGAAUCUCACACAUCCUAGCGGAUGGUUACUCUGUAAAGAAACUGUUGGAGGCCGUGAGCACGGGCAAAGCCUGUCCCAAGCUCAAGAUAAAUUAUCCGUCGAAAAGCCUCUUUCAAAAGUUUGUCUUUCCAUUCAAAUUCUACUUCACGAUGGCAGAAGUUCAAAUUCUCUCCAUGAUGAACUUUCCUUUCAAAACGAGGGAUGUUGAAAAGUCAAAAGUUGAUUCACUCCAAAGUUCGGACGUAAUUCCGAUCGAAACUAUACGAGGGAUCAAGGAACGGUACGGAGUCAGCUUCACCAGCGUGCUCAUCAGCAUUGCCACCGGGACAUUUAGAAAGUUGGCGAUCAAGAACGGAACUGAACUCACCGAGUGGAUGCCUUGUGCCAUUCCUCUGCCAAAACCUGGGCAUCCAGACGGCUUAACAAAUCAUUUCACUCUGGCCGUCAUGCCGCUUCCGAUUGGAAUUGAGAAUCCAGUACAACGACUCCGGAUUUGUCAUAGAGAACUUUUAAAUCUGCGAUCGUCGGCGUAUCCCGCAUCAGCGGCCUGUUUCAUGACCGUGUUUGGAUCAUUUUUCAAUAAAGUGGGUGAAAUAAUUGGCAUUAACACAUUUUCUGCCGUCAACAUAUCCUACUUGCCGAGUGGGCUGGAGAAUAUUUCAUUUCUGGGCGUGGACAUUAUUGGCCAAACUUUUUGCAUGCGAGUUCAAAAGGGAUCUAUCGGAGCUGUGAUUGCCAUUUCCAGUUAUAAGGAUCGAAUCCAAAUGCAUGCCACCGUCGACACCAAUGUCGUGCCAAAGGAGAUCAUGACAGACUUUGAAACUAUAAUCAAGCAGGAAGUUGCAGGAUUGAAAGAGCUGAACGGCCACAAUUAUCGUGAUGUCUAAUUCAAUGAAACACAUGAAAAUAAAGCAUCAUAAUUUAAUUUAAAGA